AUGUUGACGGAUCACGAUCGUCGAAAGCAAAUCUCGGUUCGCGGAAUCGCCCUCGUGGAGAAUGUGGGCAAUAUCAAGAAAUCUUUCAAUCGACACCUUCACUUCUCGAUUAUCAAGGACCGCAACGUGGCCACCCCUCGGGAUUACUACUUUGCUUUGGCGAACACUGUGAGAGAUCAUUUGGUCAGUCGAUGGAUUCGCACUCAACAACAUUAUUACGAGAAAGAUCCGAAGAGAGUUUACUAUCUUUCAUUGGAAUUCUAUAUGGGAAGAACGCUGUCGAACACGAUGAUGAAUCUUGGGAUUCAGGCGACGGUUGAUGAGGCGCUGUAUCAGCUGGGUUUGGACAUUGAAGAGUUGCAAGAGAUUGAAGAGGAUGCCGGUUUGGGAAAUGGAGGAUUGGGAAGAUUGGCCGCAUGCUUUCUUGACUCGAUGGCCACUCUUGGGAUACCUGCUUAUGGAUAUGGGCUGCGAUACGAAUAUGGGAUUUUCAAGCAAUUGAUUAGAGAUGGAUGGCAGGUAGAAGAACCCGAUGACUGGCUUCGUUUUGGUAAUCCUUGGGAGAAAGCCCGUCCCGAGUACAUGUUGCCUGUGAAUUUCUUCGGAAGAGUUGAAAAAGAUGGUGAGGGAAAAUCGAAAUGGGUUGACACACAAGUGGUAUUCGCUAUGCCGUACGAUACACCAGUGCCCGGAUAUCGAAAUAAUGUGGUGAACACGUUGAGAUUGUGGUCAGCGAAAGCGGAGAAUCAUUUCCACUUGAAAUUCUUCAACGAUGGAGAUUAUGUGCAAGCAGUAAUGGACAGAAAUACAUCUGAGAAUAUCACUCGUGUCCUUUAUCCAAAUGAUAAUAUGUUUGUCGGGAAAGAGCUUCGUUUAAAGCAACAAUAUUUCCUCGUCGCAGCAUCGCUUCAGGACAUCAUUCGUCGCUUUAAAUCUUCAAAAUACGGUUGUCGGGAUGUCGUGCGAGUCGAUUUCAGCACAUUUCCCGAUAAGGUGGCCAUUCAACUCAAUGACACUCAUCCCUCGAUUGGAAUCCCCGAAUUAAUGAGAUUAUUGAUCGAUGUUGAGGAUCUUUCAUGGGAAGAAGCGUGGAAGAUUUGCGUUGAUACUUAUGCUUACACGAAUCACACGCUUCUCCCCGAGGCGCUGGAGCGCUGGCCGGUCUCGUUGAUGCAAUCGCUUUUGCCGCGACAUUUGGAGAUCAUCUACCAGAUCAAUCAUUUGUUCAUGGAGUCAGUCUCAAAGCGUUUCCCUGGAGACUUCGAUCGUAUGCGGCGAAUGUCCAUUGUUGAGGAAGCGGAUAGUCACGGAGAGAAGCGAAUCAAUAUGGCUCAUUUGUGCAUUGUGGCCUCGCAUGCGAUCAAUGGAGUUGCCGCUCUUCAUUCUGAGCUUCUCAAGAGUCACACAUUCCACGACUUCUACGAGUUUUACCCGGAGAAAUUCCAGAAUAAAACGAAUGGGAUCACUCCUAGAAGAUGGCUUCUUCUCUCCAAUCCAUCAUUAGCUGAUAUCAUUUGUGAGAAAAUCGGCGAAGACUGGAUAACAAAUUUGGACGAAUUGCAAAAGUUGAAAGAGUUUGCCGACUCGGCUCCAUUCUUAGAGUCGAUUCGUCGUGUGAAGCAAGAAAACAAAUUGCGAGUGGCUCAAUAUUUAGAAGAAGAGUACAACGUGACAAUCAAUCCAUCAUCACUUUUCGAUAUUCAUGUGAAACGAAUUCACGAGUACAAGCGUCAACUCCUCAACAUUUUGUUUGUGAUCGCUCUUUACAAUCGAAUUAAAGAGAAUCCCGAUUUGAAGAUGGUUCCAAGAACAUAUCUUUAUGGAGGAAAGGCGGCUCCCGGCUACCAUAUGGCCAAGCAAAUCAUUCGAUUGAUCACCGCUGUUGGUGAGACGGUGAACAAUGAUCCGAUUGUUGGCGACAAGUUGAAGGUUGUUUUCUUGGAGAAUUAUCGUGUGUCAAUGGCUGAGAAGAUCAUCCCGGCAGCUGAUCUCUCGGAGCAGAUCUCCACCGCUGGAACUGAGGCUUCGGGAACGGGCAAUAUGAAGUUCAUGUUAAACGGCUCUCUCACAAUUGGUACUCUUGACGGAGCAAAUGUUGAAAUGGCUGAAGAAAUGGGCAUGGAUAACAUUUUCAUCUUUGGAAUGAAUGUCGAAGAAGUUGAAGCACUCGAAAAAAGAGGAUAUAAUGCCGGGGAAUUUAUUGAGAAAUGCCCGACAUUGAAACAGAUUGUCGAGCAAAUCGAAGGUGGAAUGCUGACACCUGAGGAGCCGGGACAACUCAAAGAUGUGGCCAAUAUGCUUAGGCAUCAUGAUCGCUUCAUGGUUUGCGCCGAUUUUGAUGCUUACGCGAAAUGUCAAGAUAAAGUCGCUGAAACGUAUCAAGAUCAGAAAAAAUGGAGUCGAAUGGCGUUGAUGAACAUCGCAUCGACAGGAAAAUUCUCGACAGAUCGCACGAUUUCUGAAUACGCUCGUGAGAUCUGGGGAAUCGAGCCAAACGUGGAGAAAUUGCCGGCUCCAUACGAAGGAGUGCCUGGCACGGAGAACGAGACAAAAGAA